GAGCCGAGGUUAAAACCGUCACAAACCAAAUUAUGUCAGAGGACAUUUUCGUCUGCCAAAAGAACACGGAACCCAACACCCUUUUUAUGCCAAUUGCCAACUUUCCCUCGUUUUUCCUCAUUUUCUCGGGGAAUUUCGCGUGACCCAAACCAAACAGCCUCUAAAUCUAAAAAACCCUCUUACCUUUCUUCCUGGGAAGGUGUUCAACACCUAAAUUUGCAUGCAGUUGAAGGGAUGGCAAAUGAUAGUCGAUCUAGUCGCAAAAUUAAGGAUAAUGAAAGUAACAAUUCAAAAGUGAGGCAUAACAGUGGCAAAGAAUCAGCUACCUCGGGCUCUGCAACAUCAGAUACAUCUGGUGUAAGAAGGUCUACUAGAGAAGCAUCACUGAAGAGAAAGAUGAUUCCAAGCCCUCCAAGUAGUCGGAAAUCUGAGCGUCUUGAUAAGCAGAGACCAACUCCCCAUACAGUCGAUAGGAAAUCUGAGAGAAUUGAGAAAAAGGGGAUGCUGACUCCUCUCAGGAGGUCUGACAGGGGUAAGAAGCUCUCCUGGUCGAGUUCUGGAUCAAAGAAAUCUGAUAAAAGCUCGAGCUCAUCAGAUGUGAAGCGGAUAAAGGAAAAAAAGGAGAAGAGUGUGAAACUGUUGACACUGGAAACUAAAGCAGUAGGAAAAAGUGAAAUAGAGGCUGUGGAAUCUUCACCGGUGAAAAAUAAGCGAAUGGAUGCUUCGACUUAUAGGGCACUGUUUAAAAAACAACCAAAGAAGGUUACUGCAGCAGUUCAUCAUGAGGAACAGAUUAGGCUGGAUAAGUUCUCACGAGGAGAUAGCAGCAAUUCUGGGGGUGAAGUUGAUGGGGCCAAUGAGUGCAGUGAAAGGAAGGAGGAGCAAGUGAGAGAAGAAUCUGUUGACAGAGCUUGUGAUAGAGCUUUGUUGGGAUCAAAUUCUAGUGUACAUAAAUUCUCAAAGGAAACGUUACAAGAGAACAGUAGGGUGGAGUUGUCCCACUCAAGCCAGGGGCAUAUCUCUGCUGAUGAAACUUGUGAACCUUUAGAUCAAAAUGUUGUGGAAGUUUCUAAGAGUGGUGGUUCUCUGUCAUCCUGUGAUGCUGUGGGAAAAGCUAUUGGUGAUAAUACUGAAAGGGUACAGGAGGAGGAUUGUGUUGUAAAGGAAAAAUUGCAAACACCGGAGUUGAUAUCUUCUGCACUGAUUGAAAAGACACCUGACAAUGACUUGGAAAGGCUGCUGGAAGUCAUACCUUUAAAAAGAAAAAGAAAGUCAGUGGGCAUGGAUUCUGAUGCUUCUACAAUAAUUGCAACUAAAGAUAUCUGCACGCCAAUUACUGAUGCCAUCUCUUUUUUGCCAUCUGGGGAUGAAAGAUACUAUCUUGUUGAGAAAUGUGGCACAUGUUUUAAAAGGCAAAGAGUAGAUCAUGAUUCAACAAAGCAGGAGUUCUGUUCUUGCAACACAAAGUUAAGCCAGGAGUCAUGUGACACUUCUAUUAAUAAGGAUAGAGGGAAUCCUGGAGCCACUGUUACUGCUGGUUAUUCUGGAAAUCGCACCACUUAUUUGCAGCAAAAGGAUUCUUUUGCCGAUCUUCAAACAGAAAGUGACCAAAAUACAUGCCUUUUCUGCAAGCUUGGCGGGAAGCUCUUGUGUUGUGAUGGAAGAGGGUGCAGAAGGAGCUACCAUCUUUCUUGUCUAGAUCCUCCUUUGGAGGAUGUUCCUCUUGGAGUUUGGCACUGUAUUGCAUGUAUUAGAAAGAAGUUGGAAUCAGGUGUACAUUCGGUAUCAGAGGGAGUAGAGUCAAUAUGGGAUGAUAGAGAAGUGGAUGCAUCAGAUGUUGAUCGUUUGCAGAAGCAGAAGCAGUAUUUUGUUAAAUACAAAGGUCUUGCUCAUGUUCAUAAUCGGUGGUUGCCAGAAAAUCAACUGCUUCUUGAAGCUCCAUGGCUUGUUGCGAAAUUCAACCAAAAAAACCAGGUCUUGGGGUGGAAGCAAGAGUGGACUGUGCCACAUCGUUUGCUACAAAAAAGAUUGUUAAUGUCUCCCGGACAGCGUGCUGAAUAUCAUAAGGGGCCUGCUGGUGACAAUGUAGAUUGCCAUUAUGAAUGGCUUGUGAAAUGGCGUGGUCUAAACUAUGAACAUGUUACAUGGGAGUUGGAAAAUUCUUCAUUUUUAAAUUCACCGGAAGGUCGGGGCCUAAUAAGAGAUUAUGAAAGUCGUCACAGGAAGUCAGAGUUAACUUCUAGUGUAGAUAAGAUACCAGAGAGGAGAAAAAGUUUAUUAGAUACAUUUUCGCAGCUGGCAGCUGGAGCUUCUCCUGGAUUUGUUAAUAAUCAUCUAGAUUACAUUAACAAGCUAUGUGAGUUUUGGGACAAAGGCCAGAAUGCAGUUGUUAUGGAUGAUCAGGAACGCAUUAUGAAGGUGAUUGUGUUCAUUUUAUCUUUGCAGCCUGAUGCCCAUCGGCCAUUUCUUGUCAUCACAACUUCUGCAGCACUAUCUGCUUGGGAUCACGAAUUCAUGGAUUUGGCACCACCUCUUAAUGUUGUGGUUUACAGUGGAGACAAAGAUAUCCGGAAAAGUAUUAGAAGGCUAGAGUUCUAUGAGGAGGGUGGUUGCUUACUGUUUCAAGUACUUAUAACCUCACCUGAAGUUGUAUUGAUGGAUCUCAAUAUGUUAGAAUGCAUACGAUGGGAAGCUAUAGUAGUUGAUGAGUGCCAACGCUAUAUAAUUUCUUCACAUUUUGAACAAAUUAAGAUGCUACAUACUAAUUGGAGACUUCUUCUUGUCAGUGGUCAGUUAAAGGAUAGCAAAGAUGAAUACCUUAGAUUGCUGUCUCUGCUUGAGUCUCAGAGUGAUUUGAGUAAAAGUGAUGCUUUGAUAACCAGUUCCAAUGAAAAUAUCUGUAAAUUGAAGGAGACGUUGUCGAGAUAUAUUGCAUAUAGAUGCAAGUUAGAUUCUUCUAGGUUUUUAGAGUAUUGGGUACCUGCACAAUUAUCCAAUCUGCAGCUUGAGCAGUAUUGUGCUACCCUACUCUCAAACUCCAUGGCACUUCGCUCAUUUUCAAAGAAUGACUCUGUCGGGGCUCUCCGUGAUAUUCUUAUUUCUACUCGGAAGUUGUGUGAUCAUCCCUAUGUUGUGGAUCCAUCCCUCCAAAUAUUGCUAACUAAAGGCCUUCAAGAAGUCGAGUAUUUGGAUGUUGGAAUAAAAGCUAGUGGCAAGCUGCAACUUCUUGACAUGAUGCUUAUGGAGAUGAAAAACCAAGGUUUAAGAGUACUUAUACUUUUUCAGUCGAUUAGUGGUUCUGGAAGGGACUCUGUUGGAGAUAUUUUGGAUGACUUCCUGCGUCAAAGAUUUGGGCCAGAUUCUUAUGAACGUGUUGAAAUGGGAAUUCAUCCUUCUAAGAAGGCAGCUGCUUUAAACAAGUUCAACAACAAGGAGUGUGGGAGAUUUGUGUUUUUAUUAGAAUUCCGUGCUUGUCUUCCUAGCAUCAAACUGUCAUCAGUUGAUACUGUGAUCAUAUUUGAUAGUGACUGGACCCCCAUGAAUAAUUUGAAAGCUCUGCAAAAGAUUACACUCGAUUCACAACUUGAGCAGAUAAAACUUUUCCGUCUAUAUUCAUCUUUUACUGUGGAAGAAAAUGUUCUAAUCCUUGCAAAGCAAAAUAAGAUCAGUGAUAGCUUACAGAACAUAAUCCAGAGUACUUGUCAUAUGCUGCUCAUGUUGGGGGUAUCUCAUUUAUUUGAUCAUUUGGAUAAGUUCCAUAGUGCCAAUGCCCCAGCCCCUAGUGCAAGUACUGUGUCUGGACGAUCACUUUUGAAAGAUGUAGUCCAGGAGUUCUUGUCCAUACUUCAGAAUGAUGAAGACACUGGCACAACUAACUCGUCUAUGAUUUUAAGAGUUGAACAAGUUGGAGGAACUUACAGCACAAGUUCAUUGCCUGGCGAGCGUACAGUUCCAUUGUUGGAUGAAGCUCAGCCCCAUAUAUUUUGGACCAAAUUGUUGGAGGGAAAGCAUCUUCAAUGGAAAUAUCCUUUUGGUUCAUCUCAAAGGAACCGAAAAAGGGUUUACCAUGAGUUGCCAAAGAGGCCAGAAGUUGAGAAUGAUCAAGUUGUAAAGAAGCGUAAGAAGGUGCUCAACAGUAACGUUGAUCCACCCUCUCUGAAACCUGGACUAGAGGAAAGAAUAAUUUCUGGAGACAAUGAAGGUGCAGAUACUGUGACUCAAUCUUUGUGUAGGUCAACUGCUCUUGUGAAUGAUAGCCUUCAUGCACAACUAGCACCUACCACACCAAGGUUGGUUAAUAGUAUCUCAGAAUUACUGGAAGGUAACAUGGUUGAAUCUGAGGAUCGAAGAAAAUUGCGUAAUGAGCAAGAGAGUCUCCAUCUUCUUUUGAAGCCGCAGAUAGAAAAAGUAUGCCAAAUUCUAAAACUCUCGGAUGACGUCAAGGGCAUGGUUGAAAAGUUUCUUGAGUAUGUGAUGAAUAAUCAUCAUGUCAACAGAGAACGAGUAACAAUAUUGCAGGCUUUUCAGAUAUCUCUGUGUUGGACUGCAGCUUCAUUGCUAAAGUACAAAAUUGACCACAAAGAAUCGCUGGCACUUGCAAAGCAGCAUUUAAAUUUUGACUGCAAGAAAGAAGAGGUGGACUAUGUUUACUCAUUGUUGCGCUGUCUGAAGAACAUAUUUUUAUACCGUACAGGAAAUUUUAAAGUUGCAAAGUCUUCAAGUGUUUCCGGUUUAUCAACUAAAGGUGUUACGGAGGAGCCUUCACAUGCAAGGCUUCUGAAAUCAACAAUAUCUAACCUGCAAAAGGUGAAUGGAGAGGUUGAAGCCUGGUCACUGCAUCAAGAAUUCUCUGAUAAACAAGUCCUUUCCCAACGAGGAUUGGUUACCGAAUUUAAAUUAGCUCAGAAAGAUGUUUCAAAAAGUAUCAAAGAAAUUCAGAAGAAGUGUAAGAAGCAGUUGAUGAAACUCAUUGAGAAGCAACAGGAAGAAAAGGAUAAGAUUAAGAGAACUACCGAGGAAGAAAAAGCACUGCUUGAGAAAAAGCACAGAAUGGAGUCAACUAUAAUCUGUGCUUAUUUACAAAGUAAUGUUUCUAUGAGAAUAGAUAAGCUUAAGAUAAUGGAUAAUGAACAUGCAAAAAGAAUUGAAGAACUGGACUACCAGAUGAAGAAACGCCUAAAGCAUCUUGAGGAAAUGCAGCUGGUUGCAAGGAACAAGGUGCUUGAGAGGGAGGCCCUUUGGGUGGAAGAAGUGAAGUCCUGGGCUCAAGUUGAACUAUUAAAUAAGACACCUUCAAAUGAACCUGAGCAUGGGGUGAAAUGCUUGAAGACUUGUGGACGAAUUGCAGCUCAUGAUGGUCCCGAGAGUGUUGCACUUGUUUCUGGUCAUCUUUCAGAAGAACAUGGUCCUGACAGAGCUGUACAAAGCUCACCAGGCAAUGGACUGGGAUUUGAUGGAAUUUUAGAAGCUGUUCCUGAAGAAGUUGUAGGAUGCCGCAGUGCUGUUGAAACUCCAGCUCUCAUAUGUAGGCAGGAUAGUGUGAGGGAUGAAUUAAAUACCAUGGCUCCUGAGGGUGUCUCAGUUACAGGAUUUGAGAACUGCAAUGAAGCUGGCAGUUCAGGUGAUGAUCGGGUUAACAUUGACUCAAUUAAUCCUUGUUCCAAAGAGCAUAAUCCUGAUGAAGCCACUUCUAGCGAUCCAGAUGCAGAGGUCCUGCUGAAAGUGCCUGAAACUGUCAAUUCCAAUGAUGGUCAGCAAAAUGUUAUCUCCGUGAAUCAACCAUCAGAAGAACAAAGGGCUGACCCAUCCAGUGUGCCAGAUGAAGGGGUCCCAUUGGGAGUGCCAGAAACUGUCAGAUCCAACAAUGGUCCAGAGAAUCUCUUUUCUGUGAGUCCACCUUCAUCAGAUGAACUAAUACCUAAUGGAGCCAUAUCAAGCAUGCCUGAUGGAGAAGUUCAAUUGGGAGUGUGUGAAGCGGCUCCUUGUAAAUUAGUGGAGGUUGAUAACAUCAACAAUCAGAAUGAUGGAGCAUAUGCUGUGGCCUCAGAUAAUUUUACUGGAGUCGACCAGCAAGAUGCAGCAAGUGUUACUAUCCAUCAAAACUCUCAUUCUCAGGAGCUUUUCCUGGUAAAUUCACCUUCAGUGCAGCCCAUGACAACCUUGGCUCAAGGUGUUCCUGUGCCAUGUAAUCAGGCACUCCAAGAUGCAUGUGCCCUACCAUCCACAUCCGCUGGGUCUCCAGUUGGAGGAGCCCCAGUUACUGACAUGCAGAAUACUUCGCAACAAGUUGAACCUUUAGUAUCCCAUCAAAAUGAUGCUGUACUUUCCAGAAUAGAGCCUGUAAUGCAAAUACAGUUACCAUCUACCGAUUCACAUUCUGGCAACAGUGCUUCUGACUUGCAUUCAGCUGGCAGAGUUGAACAUCUGCCAAUCUUUGAAGGCCAUACGUCCAGCCAAUUUGCUCAGAUUCCUAUGCAACUGGUUGAGAACCCUGUUGAGCUUUCAGAACAAGCUGUUUUGCAACCUUCAACAUCUUAUGCGUUGCAUUUGCCCAUUGAUGCACCUAUAGGUGGCUUGGGAACACAUUUUUCAGACACAAGGAGUAUGCCCAUUGCCACAGAAUUCAGUAAUCGUCCUGUACAAACUGCACCCCCAGUGGCAUCCCGCGUGCCUAUGCUUUUGUAUCCUGACCCACUUCAAAACGAGUUGGAAAGAAUACGUAAAGAAACAGAUCAAACCAUCAAAAUUCAUGAAGAUGCGAAGUUGCAGCUCAAAUCUGAUUGUGAGAAGGAGAUUGACGAGGUUGUUGCUCAAAUUCGUAGAAAGUAUGAGACUAAAAUUCAGGAGAUAGAAGCUGAAUUUAUUAUUAAGAAGAAGGAACUAGAUGUAAAUCAUAGCAAAGUGCUGAUGAACAAAAUCUUGGCCGACGCUUUCAGGUCCAAAUGCAUGGCACCUGGUUCAUCAGGGAAGCAAGAUGUGAAUUCGAGUUUCAUGCAGCACGUGCUUCAGCUAUCGAUGCAGCAAAAUGCACAAGGACCUUCUCUUGUUGCUGGUAGUCUUUCUGCAGCUAGCCCUCAUAUUACAAGCCCACCUGUGCAGUCUCACCAUCCUUCGGUUUACUUGAAUACUCCUACAAGACCCCCGAACAUCAGCUCCAUCUCCCCUCCCACAGGAAAUCUCCAGGUUGGCAGUGAAAUUCGUGCUCCAGCCCCACAUCUGCAACCUUUUAGACCUGCUACAUCCAUGUCUGGAAACAGUCUGCCUUCUCUUCCACGUCAUCAGGCACCUAGCAACACUGCUACAACCCGAGCAGCACCUUCAUGCCCAUCUUCUGGUUCUUACAAUAGGGGCCAGAGGCUUGAAACUGCUCUUCCAAACUCUCUGUCUGCUCUGGAGUUGCUUAAGGAAUUUGACAGUCGAUCUGGUGCAAAUCCACCAAAUAUGCCCCGACAACUGUCUGAAUGUGGUGGCACAAGUAGUUUGCAGGUUAAUGCACGUGCGGCUGACAUUGUUUGUUUAUCAGAUGAUGACUAACCACCCAUAAAACAUUGUAACCGUGUGCCCCAAGAGAGCUUUUGACAUGGCAUAGUGACAAGUGUGAGAGAGCAGAGUUGGUGCCAUUGAUGUUCUUGAUAUUGUUGAAAUUGUGUAAUGCAAAAUCAUUUUCUAUUGGAAAUUGAGUCUUCAACUGACGGCUUGAUAUUCAAUCUCUGAAAUAUGGAAAUUGUUGCCCAGAAA